CCUCCCUCGCUGUCCGUGGCUGGCCUACCUCACGCGGCCGGGCGAGCGGGGCAGUUGGCAACCGUGGGCGCGCGGGCGGGCGGGCGGAGUCCUCCCUCUCCCUCCCCACCCUCUCUCUCUCCCCCACCUCCCCCCUCCCCCACGGAGCGGGAUCCUUCCCCACCACCCCGGCCGCCACCCUCCCUUUUCUUUCUUCUCAGCUCCAACCCCCUUGCCCUGCCGCCGCUGCCGCCGCUGCGGCCUAGCCUGACUGUUCUCCACGACGCUGCGGCCUCCCCCGCUGUCUUUUGACCGCUCCAAACUAGCUUUCUUGCUUCUCUUCCUCCUUGAUCGCGGCUAGCCAUGGGGUGGUUAUGACACACGGCUUGCUGUUCCUCCGGUAGCGACACGGCACCCGCUGCCGCAUCGUAACCGGCGGCCUGCCCUUUCCGAUCCAUCUGGGAAGUCAGCUCCUCCCGAAAUUCCCUUCCUUUGCCACCCCUGGGCAAAGCGGAGGAAAAGGGGGCAUCUUUUCCGAUCCCGGCAGCUUGAGAGGCACACCAUCCUCCCCUCAUCUCAAGCUCUUCUUCCUCUUCUUCUUCUUCCCGAGCUUGAUUCAGGCUCUGGUGCAGCGGUUCUGAGCAGAUCCCCGUGCCGGAGGGAUCUUCUUGUAGACAGAGCCACGCGGUCUGUUCCCCUGCCUCUGCCCAAGCUCUGUUCCAGUUUUGGGGCUCCGUCCUUCCCGCUGCUCUGUUGCGGCACAGCCCCAUGGACGGCCUCCCGGACACGGCGCCGCCCGCGCCGACGCCGCCGCAGCAGCAGCCGAAGCGGGACGAGUGGAGCGAGAGCGGCAUCUCGCGCCUGCUCGAGGCCUACGAGGCCAAGUGGCUGCUCCGCAACCGGGCCAAGCUCAAGUGGAGCGACUGGGUCGACAUCGCCCACGACGUCUCCGCCCACUGCUCCUCCUCCUCCUCCGACCACGCAUCCAAGCCCGGCACCGCUGCCGGGGGCACCGCCAAGACACCCAACCAGUGCAAGAACAAGGUCGAGUCCAUGAAGAAGCGCUACCGGGCCGAGUCAGCCGCCGCAACGCGCGCCGGAGUAGCCGGGGCGGCCAGCGCCUCCGGUGGCCCGUCUUGGCGCUUCUUCGGCCGCAUGGACGGGCUUCUCAAAGGGCCCGCAUCAGCCGGCUGCUCUGGCCAGCCGCUGGCGCACGCGGAGCCGAGUUGCGAUGGCAUGGUCCUGCCGCGAGCGCCGCUGAAAGCAGAGCCGGAGAUCGACGCCGAAGCAGACGUCGCCCUCCAGCAGCCGCCGGACACAGCAGGGCUGUCCGAGCUACUGAAUGCGGACGCCAACGGCUCCGCGACGGUGAAGGCCGUGGAUCAGGCCACACACAAGGACAAGGAAAGCAGCAGGGCGGCCGACAGCGACGCCGCAAAUGUGAGCUCUCCGCGGAGCAAGGAGAUUGAGGCGAACGACGACGGCGCCGAGGAGGUCGACGGCACGCCGAGAAAGAGGAAGGGCCCGGAGCUUGACGUCGCGAGGAGCAUCGAGCUGCUGGCGAGCUCGUUCGUGAAGAUCGAGCGGGCCAGGCUGGAGGUGUACCGGGACACGGAGCGGAUGAGGGCAGAGGCCGAGGUGAAGAAGGGCGAGAUGGAGCUGAGGAGGACGGAGAUCAUGGCCAAGACGCAGCUGCAGAUCGCCAGGCUCUUCGCCAAGCGGCUCAAGGAGUGCGUCGGCAGCAGGAAUGGCGGCAGCUCCUCUGAAAUGGACACCCCCACCAAGAAAGGCGAAAAUGGUUCAGGGUGACUGGCCAAUCAAAGUAGCUGUGAUUCUCUUCCCUCGGCAAUCGCUCGGGUUAUAAACAGAAGAUUGGUGUCUCGCUCUAUUCAUGUGCGGAAAAUGUAUGUCUGAUUGAUUCAGCUUCACCAUGAGUGAAGGCAUGUUAUAUAGUUAGCCGUAAAAUCAAAACGCAAUAACGGAAACUUCGGUUCCCCUUUCCAGCAGGGUCUUAGAAGAUGCAGUUUUACAAUCAGGAGUAGUUUGCUAGUCCGAAAUUUGUCAACUUGCAUUCCCGCCGAAGUGUUUUACUGACAACCAUCGCUUGUAAGACGCUGUGGUUCUUCUUUCUCAGUGCUGGUAACCGGAUGGUUCUUCUUUCUCA